GGCCGACACCUAAGGCGGUUGACCGGACGCUCUGCUAGCGCGGCCUUAGGGCUUUCUCCUGUCCGCACUAUUUCUUCGGUCCUCGGAGAAAACUGACUGAGGAGGAGCCCGGAAGGCCCUGAGAGUUUGUAUAAACCUAGUCAGGAAAAUGGCAUCCUGGUUCUAUGAGUGUCUCUGUGAAGCUGAGCUUGCACAGUAUUAUCCUCAUUUUACUGCGCUUGGCCUUCAAAAACUAGAUGAAUUAGCCAAGGUUACAAUGAAGGACUACUCCAGAUUGGGAGUCCAUGACAUGAACGACCGAAAACGUCUCUUCCAACUUAUCAAAAUCAUUAAGAUUAUGCAGGAGGAAGAUAAAGCCCUCACUAGCCCAGAGCUUCCUCUUCAGGCAAGCAACCUGUACUCUAAGCCUCGGGAAUUCAGAUCUGGGCCCCGAAGACAACUGCGUUUUGAUUCUCCUCCUGACAGCAAAGACAAAAUGGCCAGCUAUGAAAUGGGUAGUGUAUCCAACUUGUCUGUGGAUGAGCAGAGGUCCACUUACCUGAAAGUGCUGGAGCACAUGCCACCAGAUGAUUCCCAGUACCAGACAAAAACAAGAGCCCCAGAUGCCUCUGCCGCUGAUGCUUAUAUGCAAACAGAGACCAACGCUCUGCUCUUUUCAUCAGAUUACUUUUCUCCAAAACUGGGAAAUUGUGAUAUUCCCAUUAUUCAAAGAGUAUCUCAUGUUUCAGGAUAUAACUAUGGAAUCCCUCAUUCUUGUGUCAGACAGAUCAACUCAGAGAAUCCUUGGACUGAAGUGGAGAAAAUCAGAGUUUGUGUUCGAAAACGACCUUUAGGUGUAAGGGAAGUACGUCGUGGAGAAGUUAAUAUUAUUACUGUAGAAGAUAAAGAAACUCUACUUGUACAUGAGAAAAAAGAAGCAGUUGAUCUUACACAAUAUAUUCUUCAGCAUGUUUUUUAUUUCGAUGAAGUCUUUGGUGAGACGUGCAGCAAUCAAGAUGUAUACCUGAAGACUGCUCAGCCCCUCAUUCAGCAUACCUUCAACGGAGGCAAUGCCACUUGCUUUGCAUAUGGACAAACAGGUGCGGGGAAAACCUAUACCAUGAUAGGAACUCAUCAAAACCCAGGAUUGUAUGCUCUGGCUGCCAAGGAUAUCUUCAGGCAGCUGAAAGUAUCCCAGUCAAGAAGAAAUCUCUUUGUGUGGAUCAGCUUCUAUGAGAUCUACUGUGGACAACUUUAUGACCUCCUAAAUAGAAGAAAACGACUCUUCGCAAGAGAAGAUAGCAAGCAUGUGGUACAGAUAGCUGGCCUUCGAGAGCUCCAAGUGGACAGUGUAGAGCUUCUCCUACAGGUGAUCUUAAAGGGCAGCAAGGAACGCAGCACGGGGGCCACUGGCGUCAAUGCAGACUCCUCCCGCUCCCACGCUGUCAUCCAGAUCCAGGUCAAAGACUCAGCCAAGAGAACAUUUGGCAGGAUUUCUUUCAUUGACUUGGCUGGGAGUGAGAGAGCAGCAGAUGCCAGGGACUCAGACAGACAGACAAAGAUGGAAGGCGCGGAGAUCAACCAGAGUCUUCUGGCUCUGAAAGAAUGUAUCCGAGCACUGGACCAGGAACAUACCCACACGCCUUUCAGGCAGAGCAAACUGACUCAGGUCCUAAAGGACUCUUUCAUUGGAAAUGCCAAAACUUGCAUGAUCGCCAACAUCUCCCCAAGCCACAUAGCUACAGAGCAUACAUUGAAUACCUUGCGCUAUGCUGACCGGGUGAAGGAACUAAAGAAAGGCGUUAAGUGUUGUGCUUCAGCUGCCAGUCGCAAUCAGACAUCUGCAAACUCCUCUCCAAAACGAAUUCAGAGCUCGCCUGUCACCCUGCCCGGGGACAAGUGCUCCCCCAAAAAAGUUAAGCUGGGACUUCAGCAGUCACUUACUGUGGCCCCAGGCUCCACAAGAGUUAAAACCCAACCUUUGGCCAGCCAUGCUCCCAACAUUCCCUUUGCCGCUGGACCUAAGACCCCUGGUAAAAAGAGUAGUUCCCAAGAGAGUCCCACCCCAGAGUGGGACAUGAAGGCUAGCCCUUGCAAAGGAACCAUGAGAUCUGGUCAUUUGAUCAAAAAGGGAGCAGAGUCGGCACCAUUGUGCUCUGAGAAAAGUCAGAUUGGUAGCAAAAUUGCUGUUGGGUGGGAGGGCAGGGCCUCAGGUCCAAGAGAGGGUCUGCUGCGUGUCAGGCUGCCCGCAAGAGGGAAGAAGGUACAGCCAGUACAGCCAGUGCAGAAGCAGCUACUGUCCCGAGCUCAGCUCCUUGGUAACAGCCACCACUUAGAAGCUGCUCAGGAUAGCAAGACCGGGCUUGCCCCUGAAGUUUGGACAAACCCCAUUCUGCAGCAAAAGGAAAGGGAGGAACAUUUGCGAUUUUACCACCAGCAGUUCCAACAGCCACCUCUCCUCAAGCAGAAGCUAAAAUACCAACCACUGCAGAGGCUUUUAUGUCAGCACAGGCCCUCAGAAGGUCGGCUCCAGAAUGAGACUGUCUUUCCCCUCCAUUCUAAUCUUGAGAACCAUGAUGCAGCCCAGGCUGAGGACCUUGAUGACAGUGAUUUCAGUGAGGAUUCUUUCUCACAUGUCUCCAAUCAGCCGACCAUAAAACAGAAGAGCACCCUAGAAAGGACUGAAAGCUCCUUCUUCCUUCAUCAGGACAGGGAGCACAGCCCUGAGGAACAGGCAACAGAAAGGCAGCAGUGCUUGCUUUUCAGCUCUGAGACGGAUGGUAGUAAGAAGGGGCCAGCUGACAGCUGGAUGUAUUCCAUCAGCAGCCACAGAACAGGAGCUCUCAGUCAAAGCCACAGCCCAAGUGUGGUAUGCUCAGACUGGAGCAAGGAGGGAGACUCUGCCUCCUCAGGACCUUCUAAGAACAACCAAGCCCAGAAACCUUCCUCUUCACAGGUAGAUUUUGUGCAUCACCAAAAAGCAGGUGAAGCUCAAGCCUUUGACAUCAGACUGGAGGCCUUCAGCAGUGAGGUUCCUGAGCAGGCUGAGGGCAGCUUGUCAUCCCUGUCCCCGGAAAAUGGGCUGUCUUUUCCACUAUCCCACAUGGCUGUUUCUGGAUCCCCAGACCAAAGAGACAGAAUCUCCACACCAUUAAGAGAAGUCAGUGAAAACAGAGUGACUCAGGCUCCAGGAACAGUGAACAGUGGUACUGCUUUUCAAGAAGACUCUGGAGAACAGAUACAUAUGUGUUCUGCCAAUGCUUCUGGACUCAUGGCUCCUCUCACUAUGUCCCUCCUGGAGACUCCCAAUCAUGAGGACCUUUCUUCCUUGGAGCAAAUUGCCCAGGAUGGAGCUGGUUAUAGUUUCAUGGCUGAGAUCGUAGGAGGGCCAGCAGCGGGACAUACAGUAUCAUCUUAUGAUCAAGAGGCUGCCUUGCCAGUGUCUUCAGCAACUGAGUGCCUAUGGCUAUCUUCAUCUCCCCCUGACAAUCGGCCUAGUGGUGAUCUUCCAGCUCUGUCCCCAUCACCAAUCCAUCAGCAUUCACCUGACACAUUGCCCAAUAGGGAGGCCUGCCAGAACAGAAGGCCAACACUUUUGCCCCAGAAUCAUGUGGGUGGUGAGCCAUAUGAUGACAAUGCUGAAGCGAUUGAACUGGGGGGUUCCUUGGUAUUCCCAAGAAAGCCCUCCUCCAACAUACAUGCUGGAGCACCCUAUUCUCCGCCUUUCCUCACCUCAUGUACAGGAAGUAGUGAUGGAGUUGGCCAUCCCUGGGCCCAGAAGAGAAAACAUCCUACAGGGGUUAGCUGUCAGGAGCUUGUUCCCUCCACAGAGUCCAACAAGCCUCAUUACAAGGACAUCUCAUGGCGCAGGCGUGGGCCAAUCUCAAGGUGCUUAGAUUCAGACUCUCCUGUGGUCCCCAGCUGUUCUCCCAAGGCCUUGGGGACACACUGUCCACUUACACCGGAGCAGGCACAGCAGGUAAUCAUCCAUGCACACCAAGAACAGCUGGAUGAAAUGGCUGAGCUGGACUUGAAGGAAGAGACCUUAAUGACCCAGAUGGACUCUAAUGAUUUUGAAGAUUUUGUGACCCAGCUGGAUGAAAUCAUGGCUUCGAAGUCCAAGUGCAUCCAAAGUCUGAGAAGCCAGUUACAGCGCUACCUCACCAUCCACAGGCCAGCUGCAGCCCCCGAGAGAACUGUGGUAUCUUAG